GUGGCUGAAGAGCUCCGGGGAAGUGUAUUCAAAGAGACUGGACUCACAUGUAGUGCAGGAGUGGCACCAAAUCGCUUACUUGCUAAGGUCUGUUCAGAUAUCAACAAGCCGAAUGGACAGUUUGUUUUGCCUAGUGAUCGUGCUGCUAUUAUGACAUUUAUCUCUACACUUCCUAUUAGGAAGAUUGGCGGCAUUGGUAAGGUCACUGAAAACAUUUUAAAGGAAAUCUUUGGGAUAAGAACAUGUGAGGAUAUGUUGCAGAAAAGCAACCUUCUGUUUGCACUAUUCUCGCGCUCCUCAGCAG